AUGCGACAUAGCUUCGGAAAAAUCGUGAUUUAUGCGAGAAAUAUUGAAUUGCUUUCCCUUCUUUAUGAAGAACAUCAUUCAACAUCAAUAGAUCUUAAGGGAAAAUCUGGUAAAACAAUCAAAUUGUGCAACAUAUGUUUUGCUACAAAUAGAAGCGGGAGAAUGAAACAAUUAACAACCUACAGAGGAAGCGCUUACCUUUUACGAGUUCAUUUUGAAAGACGGAAACCUGAUCAUGGCCAAAUUAUAAUUUGA